GAGCAGGAAGUCGUUCAGCAGUGUUGGGUCUGUCUUGGAGUGGAAGGAUUGAAAAAAAAAAAGUAGUUAUCGGUUUGGUUUUAAUUGAAAUUUCAGCUAAAAUGGCAUAUCAAUACCGACCGCAGCAUAACAGCCCAGUUGAUCAAGGCUUUCUAUGGAAUAUAUUUCAAAGGGUGGAUAAAGACAGAAGUGGAUCGAUAUCAGAUUCAGAACUUCAGCAGGCCUUGUCCAAUGGAACGUGGACCCCCUUUAAUCCGGUGACAGUCAGAUCAAUCAUUUCCAUGUUUGACAGGGACAACAAAGGUGGAGUGAAUUUUAAUGAAUUUGCUGGUGUAUGGAAAUAUAUCACUGACUGGCAAAACAUCUUCCGAACAUAUGACCGAGACAACUCUGGGCUGAUUGACAAAAAUGAACUCAAGCAAGCAUUGACUGGGUUUGGUGAGCAAAGUUAUCGUCUUUCCGAUCAGUUCUAUGAUGUUCUCAUUCAGAAGUUUGACAGACAGAGAAGGGGCCAGGUGGCUUUUGAUGACUUUGUUCAGUGUUGUAUUGUACUGCAGAGAUUGACAGAUGUAUUCAGAAGAUAUGAUACAGAUCAAGAUGGCUGGAUCCAAGUGUCAUAUGAACAGUACUUAUCCAUGGUCUUCAAUGUUGUAUAGAAAAAAAAGAAAAUACUGGAACCUAUGACUGUGCGGGAUGCCAAAUCUGAAAGUUCACCAUGUUUAUAGGACUCCUCUAAAAUGAAAUGUAUGGAAGAUUUUUUUUUUUUUUUUCCCCCCCCCCCAAAUAAGUAUCAUGAACGUACAUACGAAUGUCAGCACUUAAUGGCAUGUACAUUUUUGUUAGAGUUUGCAUGAAAAUGUGUUUGUAGCAUCCAGGCUACAAUAUUAAAACAGAUAUCAUCUCUUCUGGCAAAUGUUUACAGAUAAAUACCGUGAAAGUAGGAUUUAGGUAGAAAGCCUGCCUUGUAGCUACUUAUGUCACAGUCUAACAUAUUUAUAUAUUCUCUAGCACUAUAACAAUUUUAUACCAUGAAGCUAACAAAAGCCAGGUAGGGGGAAUUUGUGCUUAUAUAUCCAUAGUUUUAAUCUUUUUCAUUAUGCAUGGUGCCUUAUAUUUUAGAAUUACUAAAUAUUGUACACUUAUUUUUAAAAUAAAAUAUUGAUCAAGCUGAAA